AGAUAAAGUUUCAAAAGUGUUUCCCAUCUUUUCCCCGACUGACAUGCUACUAAAUUGACUAGAACUAUGACAAUGUUUAGAAGCGAAGCCUACAGAGAGUUUUUUAAGACUCUCCUUUCUGACACCAAUGUGGACAACAGACAGGAAAUAAUAAUGGAAAGGAUUUCCAGUAUGUGGACAGAACUGCAGCAUCAAAACAGGUUACCAAAGGGUGUGUUGACGUCGACUUGUGAGUCGGAGCUUAAGGAGCUGAUGUCACACAUUGAUGGGAUGAUGGACACACAGAAGGGUGAUUGGGAGCGUGACCUCAAGGACCUGGAAACCAAGCUACUGCAGAAGGAACACGAGAUCCUGUUACAGCGGUCCACACUGGAGCAGAAACACACUGAGAUCGGACGUCUGAAACAGCAAAUAAAAGACCUGGAAGACAGUCAGAGGACAGGGAUCUCUGAGUAUGAUACACAUCUAGAUGCCCUCAAGGAGGAGGUACGCAAGGUGAAGCAUGAUUAUGAAAAGCUAAAUAAACGCCACCACAAACAAACGAAGGAAUGCCGACAUGACAAGGAACAGGCGGACAUCAUCCUACAGGAUCACACAAUGGAACUACAACAUACCAAAGACAAAGUGGAGGAAUAUGUCCAGAAGUCUAAAGACUGGGAGUUACAACGACGAACGUUUCAAAAACAGAUUGAAACUUUAGAACAUCAGAGAAAAGCAUUGACGGAGAAGUGUGAAUUUGUACAGGGCCAAUCACAGACAUAUCAGAGCCAAGUAGAAAGGAGGAGACAACUCCUAGACAACUCGGAGGUCAGCUUUAAGUCACAGAUUGCUCAGCUGGAGAGUCAACUAGAACGUACCAACCAGACUCUGGUUACACAGGAGGGAAAGGUAGAAAAACUGAAAUGCUCACUGGAAGAUGCCAUGAAUGCACACAAGAAAGCCAUGGAUGAUAAUGAGCGGCUCCUCGUCGAUCUGAAAAAGGCAAACAACACAGUGAGGAAGUUGGAGGAAGAGAAGAACCAGAUGGAGGCUGACCUACAGAGUAAGGAUGACUUCCUGUAUGCAGCAAGUGAGGACAAUAGUGGAUACCGAGAAGAUCUUCUCAGAAUGGAGGCCGCUUUAGCAGAAAAAGACAACAUCAUUAGGUCACUUGGAGACAUCAGGAGCCAGGAGGAAGGGGACCAGGUACGCCUUCUCAAAGAAGCCAUGCAUACGGCCAAAGAGGAAACCAGGAAGUACAGGAGGAGUGAGAAACAGCUGAAGGAGGAGGUGACAAAGCUACAGUCACACCUGAAGAAGGCUGUCGAGGACUGUGAGAGGCUUGCCGACGACCUCGAGAACAAGAAAGCUGCGUUAGAGCGACUGGAGAGUGAUGAGUACGCAAAGUUCCGAUCACAAAUCUCCCAGCUACAGGAACAGCUUCAGGCACAGCAGGAGUCACACCAGGCUGAAGUCGAGGGCAUGAACAAAGAGGUGGGCAACCUUGCCUCAGAACUUCAUGGUAAGGACGUCGCCAUGGCAACCUUAAGUCAAAAGGCCAGUGGCAUGGAAAAGCAGAUGCGCCAGGAUAUGGAGGUAACACAGAAGAAAACAGCAGAGCUGCAGGUAGCCAAUGCCCAGAUAGAGGCUAUACGGUUAGAGAACCGCCACUUACGGCAGACGAUACUACAGCAGGCGCACACCAAUGCCGACAAGACUGUAUCAGAGGAACACAUGCGUGCUAUACAGAAUUCAUACAGCACCAGUGUGUCUCGGCUAGAGCACGAGAACCAGCAGUUGAGAGAAGACAUGGAAUGCUUGAAGGAGGAAAUGAAUGAGUUGGAAGAACGGUACGAGGAACAAGUGCGACUUGCUCUCCAGAAUGUAGACACAUCGGCUCAGGAUGAUAGGAUAAAGAGGUUUGAGGAGAACUCCGAGCGCCGUGUUGAGGAGAUCCAGGAGCGACUCCACUCCACCACACAACAGUACAAGGAGGAGGUCCGCAUACUUAAAAUAGGCAAGGCUCAACUUGAGGCACAGCUUGAACUAGAAAAACGCUUACGGAACACAAACACAGAACGACCUUCAACAUCACGGUUCUCCGAUUUUGAGAGGUCAUCUUGUGACCAGGACAACGAAAGGAAAAAUCGGUACUCAGAUACAAGUGAGAGACACUCCCGAUACUCCAGUGUCGACUCUCCUGCCAGGUUCUCUGACCGGUCACGUUAUUCAGACAUGAACAAAUCGCCACAGUUCAUGGACACUGAUCGCCACUCUCAACACUUACCCAGAAAUGAUAAUAGUCCGUCAGAGUUCAGGGAACCUGACCGCCACUCUAGAAAUGAUAACAGACUUUCAAGUUUAUCUGAUCCCGGAAAGAGACAUUUGGACACUGACCAUGAAAGACAGCAGCUUUCACCUUUAAGAACGAGACCACCUAUAGAAGGCACCACUGGGCUUGACCUUACUAACGACCUUGAUCCAGAAUUAAGGGUCAAUGGUCAUGCCAAUGCCAGCUUUGAGACGGUCCUGAGCAGCCGUCCAAUGUCUAUAUCAGACAGUUUACAAGAUGUCAGCAUGGAGGUGCCCAGUCCAAGGAAUUCGGUGUCACAGAAGUUUCUAGAAGCGGAGAAUAAACGUGCAAAAGAACUUGAGUUUUUGAUAGACUCGCAUAUAGAGGACCUGAAGCAUGGUACAGAUAAGAUUGUUAAAAAGUACAACAGGCGACGGUAGUUGUUGGUGAACGUGGCGUACAAUAGUCCACCAGUUCUUUGAGGAUGUUACACCAUACAACUUAUUCUUGUCAGACAUCCUGUGUCACUAACGAUAGUGAAUGUCAACAGAGAUAUACAACAGUUUGCCAUCUCUCAUGAGGACAGAUUGUUAAAACGUACAACAAGCGCUUAUUGUUACUGGAUGUCACGGACACCAUACAGCUUGUCGUUGUCAGGAUAGCUUACAGCAGAUUUCUGUUUCUCAUGAGGACAUCAUGUACUGCAGUAUGUUUCAAAACUGGAAGUAAUUCAAAGAAGACAUCAUGUACAAUAAAAUAUGUAAAUAUUUCCCAUGAAGAUGUUGCUAGGUAGUGACGUGAUAGCAUGCCUGUUCAAAGAAAACUUGAUACCAAAUGUACAGCCUCUAAUUAGAGUUAUGUAUAGGAGCUAAUUCUGUGAUAAUCUUGGUGUAUAUAAAGUAUUCAUUCAAGACUGAGUACAUGAAUUUCAAUUUUCGUAUCAGAGCUUUCAAAAAGAUCUCUGCUAAAGUUUAUCAACAAAUUUGAUAUUUGUUGAGGCAUUAGGAAUAAUAACAUUGCUUAGGAACGAUAUUAAAUCUUAAUAUCAAUUUUUUUUUUAUAAAUUCAUAUUAUAAUGUACUGUUUAUGUUGUCAUUGUAUGCUUUAUGAUGGCUACUUCCUCCGUCCAACUUCUGCUUGAUAGAUUGAGAUUUUUGUUAUGGGUAUUGCAAAUGUUAAAGAUAAUUGAUGGAUUUAAAUUUCUGGUUGUUAUAAUUGGCAGCAAUGGAACUAUAUAUUGAAUAGCUUAGACAUUGACAACAGGGCAGUUAUUUCUAACCAGUCAUACCACUGUAUACCCUAUAGGCCUGCCAGGCUGUCGGCAUGUUAAGGAUCCCUGUACCAAUGCACUGUUUAUUUUUCGUAAAUACAGUGACCUCCCUUUAACUUCCGUUUGGAAAUAACUGAAGCACAAUUGGGCAAGAACCUUUCCACUGACCAGAGCUGGCUAGAGCGAUAGUAUAACAAUUUGAAAUCAAGUGUUCAAAUCCCAGUUUAUCAAGGUAUGGUUUUCUUUUCAGAAAUGAUUUAUCAAAGAUAUAAUCAUGCCAGAAAAAUACAGUUUCCAAGACUAAGUUACAGUUUUUUGGCAGUGGUACGGGGAUCCUUAACCCUUUCACCCCUAUGUAACUUUAGUAGACUCUACCAUGCAAUGAUCCGGAUGAGUCCAUUAUGGUCUACAGUGGUGAAAGGGUUAAUUAGGUUUGUCUCAAAUAUUUACUUUACCGAAUAAUGCAUCAUAUCUUGGAAAUUAAAAAUUUAUGAUGUAAAGCAAUUCCAUAUCGGCUAAUUAUGUUAAGUAAAUUAGUAAAAUAUCAGUGAGUCAUGAUGAUUAUCUGUUAACAUAUAAUGACCCAAGUUACCUCUGUCUCACCAUUGUAGCAUUAUCUGUGAUACUUCGUAGGGGGACCAGCCUGUCUCGGUUACUUUACUGGAUCUUUGUACCUAAAAAUGUUGUAAACGGCUGUCAGUGGAAGUUUUACGAGUUUGUUCCAUAAUUUGCAUGUUAUGUAGGGGACAGUAUUGUUAGUACCUAGCUAUGAAACGAAAGGUUCUAGCUUUGAACCACUUCGUCCUUUCAAAACCACUAUUAUUCCAGUCUAUCUAGCUAUGCAAUGAGGUAUCAGCAUAUUGGGGGAGACAUUCUCACAUUAUGGAAACCCUAAUGCUUCAAUAAACUUGCAGGCUUAGAAAUAGACUGUACUUUUAUGUACAUGUGUUGUGUAAUGAGUUAUGAAGAUUGUUUAGACAUGUAAUUACCCAGUACUAUAGUGAUAAAUGGUGGGUGUUUCUAAUAUUUUGGCCUGUUUUAUAUGUGCAAGAAAUGCACAAAAAUUGUAAUCACAAAAUGUAUGAUUACAUGGAAUUUUUUAACAACCGUGGCCUAUCCAGUUCUUUACAAAUAAUAUUUCAUAAAGAUAAAACAUUGGUGCCAUUUCAGAGGUGCACAAUUUCAUACUUGAAUUUAAAACUUUUUACUUGCUCAACAUUAACCUUUACGAUAAACGACUUUGGUUGUUGGGCUUAUGGAAUUGUACACCCCUGUCUUACUAGAAUACAGAAGCAGUAUUAGUGCAACAUACAUCAUCUUUAAUAGUGCCUUUAUAGAAAACUUUACAAAUUGUUAAAGUUUAUUUUUAUUUUCAUUAUUGCUAGAUUUCAAAUAGCAUUGCUUACUUUCCAUAUGAAUCUCAUAAUUAUAGGACCUAGGAUGGAAAAUGAAAACUUGUUAUUUUCGACAAGCCAUUUUCCAAAAAUUUCUCAUCAUUUAAAACAAUUUCACCCAAUCUUGAAUUAAUUUUUCCAAAUAUAUGCUCACAAGCACUGCUAACCAUUUUUUUUUUAUUUAUAUGUUCAAUUCUUUCCAUUGUUGUAGGGUGAAUGAUAAGGGUGAAAAUAAAACAACAGUGAAAAAUUUACAUUUUUUCAGCACUGCGAUUCAAAUUUUCAGAAAGGGUGAAGCUUAGUUAUCCAACUGUUUUUCUUCCCUGAACAACAAAAUAGGGAUAUUCUCUAUCACUUUUCCCAAAAUUAUUAAAAAUGAUAAUUAAAAACUAAAUGUAAAAAGGAUUCAAAACGGUCAUAUGAAUGAAGACAAAAAGCAUGAAAAUAUUCAUAAAAGUUGUUUAAAUUGUUUACUUGACUAUGUAUUCAUUGUCUGUGUCUUGAAGGUCUGUAACAUCCCAUUUCAUUUCAUAUCUCUAAUGAUUAAUAUUAGUUAUGUUUAAAAAUGUAAUCUGUACUUUGUAUUAAUUCCAAUCAGUAUUCACCAAACAUCAAAAUCAAUAUUAUUAUGACAUCAUCGUCAUUAUGACAUCAUCAUCAUCACAGACUUGAUAGCAUCAUCACUAUGUAUCGUUAUCACUGCAGUUAUACAAUCAUUAUUGGUCAUCAUGAUUAUAUUGAUUAACCUGAUUACUAAGCAAUAUUAUAAAGUGUUCAUUGAUGUAAUUAUACCAGUGUGUUUGAUAACAAGGUUGUUACAAUAAAGGAUUUGUAGGUAUUUUACCUUUAAAAGAGGAAGCAACACAAUUAUACAUUUGUAGAAAACUUCUAAAAGCUGGGGAUAAAGUGUCCCGAUAAAAAAAAAAUCAAAAGUUAAUUUGCAUAUCUUACAAAUCUUCAUUUUUCUUUUGACAGGAUUAGGGACUUUUUGUAGAGUUUGAUAACUGUUCCUGUCUUAUUGCAUGAUUUAUAAAGAUCAGGUCCAUAAUUCCUGUCUGUAAGGGGUGGUAACUCUGGUUGCCUACACGUAUGGGUUUAGUAAUAUAUGUGUUUGUUUAGAACAGUUCACUCUUAUUAUAGUGCACAUAUUCCUUUGCUUGCCAUCUGAAUAGAUAUUACAUUAGUACUCUUUGAUUAAGUUUGAAUUUUUAGAAAUAAGAGCAGAUUAAAAAUUUGCAUAAGCUAUCCAAAUUAUUUUUGUUGAAAAUCAGUCGAAGUACAUGUAUACAGCAACUAUUAAGACUAGGAUAUUUGUUUGAUUUACGAAUGGUAUUCAAUCAUCUGAUUUUACAAUGAAACUUGUUUUACUUAGGCAUAUAUUAUUUUCAUUUUUUUCACCCGUUUUGGACUGAACUUUUUUUCUGAUAGUGGUAAGCUUCAUGUUCUCCAUUACUGCUGUUGUAACAUGAAUAAAUGGUUCAUUAGAAUGACCAGUUGACCAAAAUACACACUGUAGGAUUUUGCUUACUAAAAUUCUCACCUACUGCCAGUCUUUUUAUAUAUAUUUUUUUUUUUUUUUACUUUGAAAUUCAUGGUUUCAUUGCCAAACAGUUGAUUGAGAUGAUAUUAGUUUAGAUGUUUUGUAUGUUAAAUGUUGUUCUUGUAAAUUGCUCUACAUAUUUAUAAUUUACUAUUUAAAUAAAACAAAACUUGAACUGAUAA